CACGCGUUGCGUAAAAUUGGAAAGACAGGGCCUGGGUGGAUGUGUCGGUGAUUCCGAUAAAGUUACGCAAGUGUGUGUUUCCUACGUACGUUGCACGUGCCAAUUAAAACUGACCUGGGGUGGUUUAUUUGCGAUUCGUACGUGGUACCCCAAGUACCAAGUGCGCGGACUGAAAAUUAUGACCAAUGACAAGGACAUUCAGUUAUCCAGAAUUUGGAAAUCGAGGCCUUCAUCUCCAGUACGAUCGGAGGCAACGCAAACGGGUUUCAAAAGGUGGAGAAAAAAUAGCAAGAUUUCCGUAGCCAAAACACAAGCGCCCGAAAAAUGUAAAGAAGAUGAAAUGUCCCUUCUCAAAUUUUUGGCAAUUAACGCGCUAGAUUUAAGCGCACCAGCUAGCGAUGUUCUUCUCAAAAGCCGAAGCAGCAAUUGGUUUCAAUUGAGCGGCCACCCCGAUAGUCUGGCACCUGCCGGACCUGGUACGGUAUGGAAAAAGCGCUCUGGAAAUUCGGACGACACCGAAAGGGCGGUCUACGAAGAACUGUCACAGGAUAUCCUGCUACGAGACAUCAUUCCAAAAUACUAUAGGCAAGUCGAUUACCAAGGCGAGAAAUUCAUCGAACUUCAAGAUCUUCUCCACGGUUUUCAAGAUCCUCACGUCAUUGACGUCAAAAUGGGCACGCGUACCUUCUUAGAGUCCGAAGUGAAAAAAAAAGUAGCACGAAACGAUCUAUACCAAAAAAUGAUUGCCAUUGAUCCCAACGCGCCGACGGCCGAGGAGCACGAGGCUAAAGCCGUCACAAAGUUGCGUUACAUGCAAUUUCGCGAGCAGCAAUCCUCCUCCUGUAGCUACGGCUUUCGAAUAGAAGCGAUGAAGUGUCGAGGUUCGCCUCCCAUCACCGACUUAAAGAAGAUGAAAUCUAAGGGUGAAGUCAUGCACAUUCUGGACACCUUCCUGGGCAAACGACGCGACAUUAAGCAAAAGAUACUGAGCAGAUUGUGUGAAAUACGAAGUCGGCUAGAACAGUCAGAUUAUUUCAAGAACCAUGAAGUUAUCGGAAGUAGUCUAUUCAUAAUUUACGAUGACACAAAGGUGGGAGCUUGGCUUAUCGAUUUCGCUAAGACCAACAGUUUGCCAGUUGGAAUGACUGUCAAUCACAGAUCGCCGUGGACGCAGGGUAACCACGAAGAGGGCUUCCUAUUUGGCGUUGACCAGUUGAUUACGAUGAUUGAAAAUACCAACACUAAAGAUAAUUUCGACUGCAACAACUUCUUGGAGACCCUUCCAAUGGUUAGCUCCAAAUCGUGAUUACCUUACGGUUGAGUUGUCAUUUAUGGUGCUUGAAAGCAUCAGGAAUGAGUCUAGCAGUUUUUGACAGAAGAGCCCGAGGGAGCUCGGAAAAUGGUGUACGGUUUAUGGAACCAUUUCUGUUCGGGAGGCCACGAUUAUGUAUUAUAAGAGGACCCUGAGAGUAUUAAGCGUCGAUUAAGUUAAUUAGUAGUUAGUUCUUUUUGUAAAUAGUUUCUUUAUUUCUUUCGUUAACUUAUUUUGUUCUAGUCAAGAUGUAGGUAAGUGUUAAUUUAAUUGAUGCCAAUGUUACCACAUGUCAAAGUGCUGAUAAUGUAAAUUUUUAUACCAAUUCCUGUAUGUACUUAUAAACUUUUUAACAUCGU